AUGCCACCGAAAACCAGGGGUCAGGUGACUGCAGAUGUGGAAGUGGAAGGAGAUCAAGGUGCAGUGGGUGGCGUUCCAGAGGAAGGUGUCCAAGCUGUUGAGGUCCCAACCACCGCAGGAGAUAGGGCUGUGACAGCCCUGGCAGGGAUGUUUCAAGCCUUUCUGGAGUACCAGAAGGACCGGGAUGAGAGGCAAGAGAAAGAGUCGGUACGACGUGAGCAGCAGUACAAGGUCCUCAAUCAUCAGGUCACACAUAUGCAGAUGGACGUGGAGCAUGCCAGGCAUGAAGUUGCCCAUUUAGACCAGGCAGGUUUACGAGUGCAGAAUCAUGUGCCUCCAUUGCCAAAACUACAAGACAGUGAUGAUGUGGAACAUUUUCUGACCACCUUUGAGAGAUUGGCAGAAGUAUACAGGUGGCCAAGAGAAGACUGGGCGAUUCAUCUGAUUCCCUUGCUCACUGGAAAAGCGAGAAGUGCUUUUGUCGCCAUGGCACCUGCCUUUACCUCUGACUAUGACAAAGUCAAAGAGGUGAUUCUCAAGAAAUAUGAGAUUAAUCCAGAAACAUAUAGACUGAGAUUUCGUUCAUUGAGCACCGACAGUGAGGAGUCCCCAACAGAAUUGUACAUUCGCUUAAAAGACUUGUUCUCAAAGUGGGUCAAGUUGGACAUGAGCAGUAAAACCGAGAUAAUGGAGACCUUGGUAUUGGAGCAGUAUAUGAGAGUGCUGUAUCCGGAGGUGAGGAUCUGGGUGAAGGAGAGAAAUCCCAGUACCGCAGGAGAAGCAGCUGACCUGGUAGAAUCCUAUAUAGCAGCGCGAAAGGGAUCUUCUGGGACCUUCCGGUACUCUGGUGUCUUCUCGGAGGCAAGAGGUAAGUCUGUGGGGUCAGGGGGUAGUUCGUUCUCUCAAACUAAAGCCCAAAGUUUUAAAGUCACUGAUCCAAAGCCUUCACUGCCGGUAGUCACACAGCAGAUGCCUAGAAGCGAUAUAGUAUGUUAUAAUUGUGGAGAGGUAGGACAUACUAGCCCACAUUGCCCGGUGAGAAAACCCAAAGCUGCCAGUUUGUGUUAUGUGCCCCAGUCUAGCCCUAAGAUAGUGUUGAAGCCAGAUAAGGAGCCCACUAUUUCAGUGUUAUUAAAUGGUAAGUUGCUGACGGCGUUGGUAGAUACAGGAUGUACACGUACGUUAGUACAGUCACAAUAUAUAGCUAGAGAGUCAUGGACUGAGGAAACCGUAACGGUUUGUUGUGUACAUGGAGAUAAGUCAGAAUUACCUACUGCUGAGGUGUAUUUGGAGGUUAACAAGCAGUCAUUUUUGAUGAAUGUAGGUGUUACCACAAACCUGCCCUAUCCCGUGUUGCUAGGAACUGAUAUGCCCAUAUUAGCAGACUUAGUGCAGGAGACAGCUUGGUGUGGGAUAGUUACUAGAGCGCAGGCGAAAAAGCAUACCCGGAUAGCACAAACUGAAGAUUCGAUAGAUGGCACUCUGCAGGAUAUGCCAUUUUUUCUGGAAGAAAGUCUAGCUGAAGAAGGGUUGUCUGAGGAAGAUAGAUUGGACAAACGCAGGAAAAAAGUGGCAGAUUUGAUGGAUAGCUCACAACAGACAAAGUUUGAGUGGGAAGAACCAGAGAUUGCUGAGUCAGAGUUUGUCAUACCCAGUGAAUUAGGACAGCUUCAGAAAGAGGAUGCUACUUUGUCUGAAUGUUUUAGGAAAGUUAGCAAAGAUGCAACUGUGAGUUCAUUGUAUGGUGAGACAUUUAUGGUGGAACAAGGUCUUCUUUACAGACAGAGUGAAAAGGAAGGUUUGCAGUUAGUGGUACCCAAAUCUCAGCGCAGAAAGGUGUUAGAGCUCAGCCAUUCAAUUCCUUGGUCAGGUCAUAUGGGAUUCAGGAAGACAUUGAGGAGAGUUUCUAAACGUUUUUAUUGGCCCGGUAUGUAUACUGAGGUGAAAGAAUACUGCAAAACCUGUCCUGAGUGUCAGUUAGCAGUUGGUAGGGCACCUGCAAAGGCACCUCUUGUUCCGAUACCUGCAGUAGAUACACCUUUUGAGAGGAUAGGGGUGGACAUUGUUGGACCGGUGGAGAGAAGUCAGAAAGGGAACCGUUUUAUCUUGGUGGUUUGUGAUUAUGCAACCAGAUACCCCGAGGCCUACCCUUUAAGAGACGUUACUGCAAAACAGAUUGCAGCUGCACUGUUAAACUUCUUCUCACAUGUAGGCAUUCCUAAAGUAGUUUUGACUGACCAAGGCCCCAAUUUCAUGAGUCGUACCCUAAAACAAGUCUAUCAGUUACUGGGCAUUAAGAGAGUUCGGACUACUCCAUAUCACCCCCAGACUGAUGGUCUGGUAGAAAGAUUUAAUCAGACCUUAAAAGGAAUGUUGAAGAAGUUUGUGUCUGAGAAUGGAAAAGACUGGGACAAAUGGCUGCCUUACCUUUUGUUUGCUUACCGUGAAGUUCCUCAAGCAUCCACCGGGUUUUCUCCUUUUGAAUUACUGUUUGCUCACCAGAUUCGGGGUCCACUGGACGUUUUGAGAGACAGUUGGGAAGCCAAUGACAAGCCCACCAAGCAGAACAUUCUUUCGUACAUCCUCAAAAUGAGAGAGAAGUUGCAACUGGCAUCCACCCAGGCACGGGAGAGUGUGCAGGAGUCACAAGUGAAACAGAAGAUAUGGUAUGACCAGAAGGCCAGGUCCCGAACUUUCCAAGCAGGAGAGCAAGUGUUGUUGUUACUUCCAACGUCAGAGAACCGACUGUUGGCCAAAUGGCAAGGCCCAUAUCAAGUGAGGAAGAAAGUUGGUCCAGUAACGUAUGAAAUAGAAAUGCCAUCCAGAAAUAAACCUUUGCAGACUUUUCACGUUAAUAUGUUGAAAAAGUGGCACAGUCCGCCUGCACAGCCAGAACCAGUAAGAGCAGAGGUGAAGGACCUCUUGGUAAGGGCAGUACAGGAAGAGGACGAAGUAGAGGAGCAGUUCUUGCCUGUUGGUGGAAGUGAGUACCCUUUAAAUCUUCAGCAUUUGACAGUGGAACAAAGAAGUCAGUUGCAAAAUUGUAUACCUGAGCAGCUGUUCCAGGACACACCUGGGAAGACAGAUCUGGUACAACAUCACAUUUAUUUGAAGGAUGUGAAACCGAUUCGACAACCAGUGUACAGAGUUCCAGAAAGGCUGGUGCCUAUCAUGAAGCAAGAGUUGGAAGUUAUGCAGAAACUAGAGGUCAUAGAACCAUCAGUAAGCGAGUGGAACAACCCCAUUGUGCUGGUGCCAAAAAAAGAUGGGUCCCUAAGGUUCUGUUUGGACUUUAGAAAACUCAAUUCGGUGAGCAAAUUUGAUCCUUACCCUAUGCCCAGAGUCGAUGAUUUAAUUGAAAAGCUUGGCAGUGCACAAUACCUCACAACUCUUGAUCUGUGCAAAGGUUAUUGGCAAGUGCCCUUAAGUCCAGACAGUAAAGAGUUUACAGCGUUCAAGACUCCAUUUGGGCACUAUCAAUUCCGCGUGCUUCCUUUCGGACUACAUGGGGCUCCUGCGACUUUUCAGAGGAUGAUCGAUCAGAUCCUUACUGGAACUGAGAAAUACGCAGCGGCAUAUUUGGAUGACAUCAUUAUCUUCAGUAGGACAUGGCAGGGUCAUCUGAUACAUCUCAAGGAGGUGUUAACUCGAAUAAAAAAUGCUGGUCUUACUAUUCGCUCAGACAAGUGCACAAUAGCUAAGGCAGAGACCUGUUAUCUUGGUCAUGUGCUGGGGCAUGGAGUCAUACGCCCUCAGGUUGGGAAGGUGGAGGCCAUUAAACAGGCUGAGCGGCCUGUAACCAAGAAGCAAGUAAGGUCGUUCCUUGGCCUGGUGGGGUGGUAUAGACGCUUUAUCCCGAACUUUUCUGAAAAAGCCUUAGCCCUUACUGAGCUCACAAGGAAGAACAAACCCAACAAGCCUAAUUGGACUGCAGACUGUGAGCGUGCUUUUAUGUACUUGAAAGAUGCUUUAUGUGAAGAGUCAGUGUUGCAGAGUCCGGAGUUUGACCAAGUUUUUACAGUGCAGACUGAUGCUUCACAAUUUGGCCUUGGGGCUGUACUUUUGCAGGGAGAGCAAGGACACUUAAGACCCAUUGCUUUUAUCAGCAGGAAACUCCUUCCACGAGAGACACGGUAUUCAACCGUAGAGAAGGAAUGCCUGGCGGUCAAAUGGGCCUUGGACUCUUUCAGGUACUACCUAAUGGGUAGGAGGUUUAAAUUAGAAACUGAUCAUCGGGCACUGGUUUGGCUGGGCCGAAUGAAAGACACGAAUGCUCGUAUAACACGGUGGUUCCUGGCUCUGCAGCCAUUCGACUUUGAGGUUGUCUAUCGGACUGGCUCGGAAAACUGCACCGCAGAUUUCCUCUCCAGGACACCACGAGUGGUGUCUGGGGAAGGGGGAGGAAAUGUCACAGGGUAAGCCUGCGACUGUGCAUGGACACACACACAUACACAUGCACGUUACGCGCAUACACCGGCGUCAUGUAUUACAGUCUGUUAGCCGACAUAUAUUUAUGUAUGCAUUGACCUGUGUGACAUUUGAUAUCAUUGUGUUGUAAACUUGUAUGAUGGUCUGUGUGUAGUUUUAUCUGAGUAAUGACCACUAGUAAUCGUAUACGAGUGAAUAGAAGUGUUUAAUAGAAGUGUUUUUCUCAUGCGGGAAUGAAU